AUGGGGGUCUUUCCAGUUGCAAGUUCCCGUGCACUUCCUUUACAUUAUAGACAAUUGAUGUCUGAUCCAACAUCUCUGAUUCUUGACUUUUGUCCAACUGAUUUUGAAGUGGAUAUGAAUGGAAAGAGAUAUGCUUGGCAGGGAAUUGCUAAGUUUUCAUUCAUCGAUGAAAAUCGCUUACUUUCAGAGAUUAGAAAAGUGGAACAUACUUUCACUACAAAAAGAUCCACUGGAAAUAGUAUUAUGUCAGACAUGCUUUUUGUGAAGGUUUCCUACCCUCUUUCCCCAUACAUUUUCUCUUUGAUAAGCAGAUUCUCAAAUUUGCCUGACAAGGAGAAGGCUGAAGCAAAAGAGAAAUUUGAUCCUAUGACCAGUGGUGGAAUGAAUGGGUAUCUAUGUCUUUGUGGUGGAGAACCAUGUUCUCUGAUUUCAAAUCUCCAGUUAAAGAAAGAUAUAAUGGAUAAUCAAGUCAUAUGUUCAAUUUACAAACUUCCAGAUGCACAUAAGACUCAACCACCUGCAGGGGUUAUUUUCCCCCAAAAGAUGGUAACUUCUAGCAAUUUAAAGCCACCGCCAGUUUUGUGGUAUGAAGACAAUGGCAGGAGGCAAUAUGACAAUGGCAGGCAGCCAUAUGAUGAUGCAGGCAGGAAGCCGUAUGAAAGUGGAAGAAGGCAUAAUCCAACUGAAUCAAUUUCUGGAAAACAAGUUGGAGAUGCUGCACAUCGGCUUGUUGUUAACAGCUUACAGAUAAGUCGAGACAACCAUCAUUCAACUUCUAAGGCUGCACCAUUUCCAUACAAUGCCGGUGCAGUGAGUACACAAUAUUCAAACAGCAGAUAUGAUGUGGAUCCGAGAACAACAAGGGAAGAACACCAGAUUGGCCAUUCACAGUAUUAUGGUCACAGAAAUGAUGGUCCUGGUUAUUGGCACUCCUACGUCGUCACAUUACUAUGA